AUGCGUUUCUCUACUGUAUUCACUGCUUUGGUGGCUUGCGUUUCUACUACAGACGCUGCCAUCACCUGGACCCUUGAGAAAGCUGCCAACCCAACCGCCGAUCAGCGUGAUGCUUAUGGACGCAUUGAAAAUGCUAUGCGUCUCGCCGCAGACCGCUACAACCGCCUGGGAACCGCGACCAAGAAUAUUCGCGUCUCGUAUAACACAGGUGUUCCCACCGCCGACGCCAACUACAACGGAAGUCUUCGCUUCGGCGCCAACCGAUCUUACAUGAACGAGCGUACAGCUCUACACGAGAUCUCACACACCGUCGGCAUUGGUCAGACUGCUGCUUUUGACCGCAAGUGCGCGGCGAACGAUUGGGCCUCUGCGACAAGGCUGUUGAGGUCUUGGGAUGGCAAUGCGGCGGUUAUCAACUGUGGUGGUGGUCAUAUUUGGCCUUAUGGACUCAACUAUGACAACGAGUGGAGCGAGACCAACGCCAAUCGACAUGUGCAGCUUGUUAAUGCCAUGAUACGUGAUGGAAUGUAA